CCUGUUUCCAGAUCUUUCCUCAUGUUCCAUCGAACAGAAAUCCGCUCUGUACAUCACAGCCAACACUUCAUUCAGCAAUCAACGCAGCAAAGCAUACUACCAAAUUAUGAGACCUUACCUGGGUGGAGCUCCUGUGGAGGAUAUACAAGCUCUUUCUACCCAGAACAUCAGUAUGGACAUCACCAUAUUCAUUAGUCUGGACCCUGCUGUUCUCAAGAUCCUGAAUGUGAGCACAGUGAGGAAUCUAAUGGGGGUAAACAUAGCUGAUCUGAAGCUGUUUGAGAACUCCUCAGUGGUUCAGUCCUGGGUGUCACGACAGAACCAAUCUGAUCUGAACACACUGAAUCUUGGCAUCAUCAACCACAACCCUUGUUAUGGUGUAGACAGUCACCCACUUGAUAGCGAGUUCGCAUCUGGAAAUGUUUCUGCAGUACUGUGUAACUUCAGGAUUCCUGCCUAUGCCUGUUCAUCAGUUGUUGUUCUGUCCUCUGAUGAUCUGGCCACACUGCUCACAUGCAAACUGCCAAGUAGCCUGAACUACUCUAAAGAAACAUGGAAGCUUUUCUUCCAGAAUUUUCCUGCACCUUUGGAUGAUGUACUGGACAGGUUUUCACACAUGACCCACAGCAGCAUUCGGUCUGACUCAAAUAUACUUGAUGCCAUCUGGGAGGUGAUAAUCAAGGACUUCACUGCAGCACAGCUGAUGAAUGCCGCUUUCAUCACUGAGUGGUUCCAGAUGAGGCUCAGACCAUUUUUGUCAUCAGUGUCCGCAGACUUUCUGUCCAGCCUCAGUUCCAAAAGCUUCAGCUGUGAGAGCUACCAGAUUGUGGUGGAAGCUCUUAGCAGUCAAGAAUCACUCAUGAAAGAGGAACAGAAGCAGUUGGUCUUUACUUCAUUCAUCUUUCCCUUCCUGUCAAGAGUUGACCUCCCAGACCCUGGCUGUCGUUCCAACACUUCUGGCAGCAAUAAGUGGCUUGAAAAGAACCUUGGCAAUUUCUCCAAUUAUGCCCCCUUGGAAAAGCUCAAAAUUCUAAAUGCAAAUUUCUCCAGCGUUGCAGUGUUAGGCUUACUGUCCAGUGAGCAGAAGGCACAGUUCAUCUUGCAGCCGGAUUCAGGAGUGUUGGGAAAUGACUCUGUGUUUAGAGAGGUGUUUAGCAGUGUGAUCACAUCUUUAGAUCGGAAUCAACUUGGCAGCUUCUUCACAGUCUUCCACCAGACUGCAAUACAAAUGAACAUGACUAGCAUUCCUUCAGCAAUAUCACACACCAUUCUGAACAUGACACUCUUGGAUCUGGUGCCUCACUUCCAAAGUUUCAGCCCAGGGGACUUUGCCCUGUGGUUCCAGACUUACCUUUCCUUCUUCCUUCCUGGGAUUGGUCCAAACACCCUGUCGAUCAUCCCCAUGAACAUCAGCUGUGACUCCUACAGAGAGAUAGUGAAAGGACUUGAUAAUGUGUACAGUGACCUCUCCGCAACACAGUCCGAUACUGUCUUCAAUUACACACAAGACUAUCUCAAGUACCAGUCCAGCCAAGGCCUGAGCUGCUACAGCAGAGGAAGCUUCUACAUGUUCCUGAAACAGAUGUUCCUCAAUUUUGGAUUCCCUGACCUGAAAGAUUUCCUGUCUCUGAUCCCAGCUGACCGACAGCCAGAGCUUUUGGGCUCCAUCUCUCCGGAAGAACUCGGAGAGUUUCUGAACAGGCCAAACACAGUGAUUGAUGGUUCUGAGCUCUGCACACUCCUCAACAACUACAAUAGAACCAAUCAAUACCUGGAGAUGGAGUCUGUUUUAUCCUCAGCUUUGGCCAGCCACACGUUGGAGUGUGUGUGGCCUCGUGCUCUCAAUGCCUCAUCUCAGGCUGAUGUAGAACAGUGGUUUAAGGUCACACUGGUUCACUACCUGCCCUACCUCAGUUCUCAGCUCAUCAGCUCUGCUCAGCUCAGUGGCGCCUCCUGUCUGUCAUACAGGAAACUGGUGUCUAUUCUGGGGGACAACUACACUUUUUCCGCAACCGAUUUCACCCCAGCUGAUGUGUACAGCUCUAUAAAGAUCUAUCUCAAAAGCAGUGAUGGCAGUCCCCACUGCUAUAGCUCCUCAGAUCCUCUAUUGAACUCUACUGCCUGGUUUGCUCAUAACAUUGGAUUCUUCAUCACCUUCAUCACCCUCACCGAUCUCCAGUCAUUUAUAUCAGAUAGCAAGAUUGGUGUGUUCCUGGAGAAUUCGGAAAAUCUUCAGUUGUUUAAUAACUCAGAAAUUGCAGCCAGUGUCACAGAAUACUACACAACUCAAUUAUACAUCCAGAAUCCCAACUUUAACCCUCUCAGAUUACCAGAUGGACUUCUCUGUAAAGCCCCUGGCUCUGUGUUUGUUCCUCUUGGAGAUGCAGACAGUCAGACCAUUGUGUCGAGCAUCAACAAAUUCUGCAGUGAAACCAAUCCAGAGAUCACAGCAACACUUGUGGCGAAGUUUUCUACUUUGUCGGCAUCUACAGUUCAGCUGCUUGGCAGCCAGAGUGUUGGCCUGACUGUUGGCCAGAUAAAUUCUGCUUCCUACAGUGUGAUAACCAAUGCUCUGCCUACACUUAGUAACGUCAGUGGCUGGAACCAGGGCCAAGCAAAUGCCCUCAUCCAGAGCAUCAUUAGUGCAGGCUUAAAUAUUAGCAGUGCCUCCUCUCUGUUAUCUCUGGGCACGCUAAUUGAAGGAGUUCCCUCUGCAACCAUCUCCAGCAUCCCAUCUUCUCAGCUUCUGUCUUUAUCCCAGAAUCCAACAUUCAUCAAUAAUAUUCUGUCAGCACCAGUUAUUCUACAAGAAACCUAUGUCCAGCAGAUCAUCUCUGUAGACCAGACCAAAGUGAUAGAGAAUGUCCCAGAUGCACUGGUCAUGUAUAUCCCAGUUAUUCUACUGUCAUCUCUGAGCUCUGUUGAGGUUUCACUUGUUAAUAACAAGAGCUGGAGUCAUGAACAGGCUUUGAUGUUUUUUGGUGCAGUGACCAGUGCCAGUGAUAAUCCAGAAAAUCUGUCAGCAUCAGUACUGCAGGGAUUCACCUGCAGCUCAGUUCAGACUCUCCCACGGCAGAAAAUCAAAGAUCUGGUGAAAGCCUGUAGACCACGUGCAGGCAGAGACAAGGUCCUCCUGAAAGAGGCUCAGCUGACCUGCAUGUACAACAACAUGAAAGAAGACUCUGAGAACUUCACUGAUGUCCCUUCUGACAUGCUCCUCUACUACAGCUAUGACAAAGUGAAGCAUGGGAAUUGCAGAUCAUAUUUCACUGCUUUGGGAAGAGCAGAUUUCUUUGUUCCUUCAAGUGUUCUCAAUAAAGCAGCCACCCUGUUCAACAAUGCACGGGAAUGCCUGGGUAUAUCUGGUGUGAGUCUGACCAGGGAUCAGGUGGAGGUUCUAGGGAAUAUGGCCUGCACACUGGACUCCUCCUACAUCCAGAACUCUCACCCUCUCAUUUUGGAGAAACUGAAGAACUGUGGAGAUCUUUCUGACUCUCAGAUCACUGCUAUACAGUCACUACUCCUCAGUGGAAACACCUCUUAUGGUAAUCCUUUAAAGUGGAAUGCGCAGACUCUGGAACAGCUGAGUAUCCUGCCUCUCUAUUUCAAAUCAGACUUCUGGGGACAGUUCAGCUCUGAUCUAAAAAAGAUGUUUUUGAAGAAAUUCAUGCCUUUCCUGAGGAAUCAAAAGACCCCGAUACAGAAACUGAGGAAAUUUUUUAUGGAAUGCAACUCCAAAGUGUCCAGAGUCCAUCGUGCUGCAGUAUGCACCACUGGCAACAUCACAGCUGUGACAAUUGCAGACGCAUCAUUUCCUGUGGGAUAUGACUCCACUCAGUUUGAUUUGUGUUUGAAUAUCACUGUCCUGCAAGACAACCUGGCAGCCAUCACUGAGAAAGUGGUGGACACCAGUUUCCAGACUGUCAUUCUAAACAAGUUAAACCAGAUCUACCCAUCAGGCCUUAAUGACAGUGUGCUACAGCUCCUGGGCCCUACGUCUCGUGUGGCUACAAUUGAUGACAUCAGCAAGUGGAAGAUAACAGUAACUGACACACUGUCCUCUUUGAUGAACUCAAAUAAUGGAAACUGGGCACCAGAGAUGAGUAAUGCAGUGAUUACAAGGUAUCUGAGCGUGUCUAAUCACACUCUGGGAACUGCUGAAAUAAAUGCAGUUGGUUCCAAUAUCUGUUCUUUGGAUGUCAGUGUACUGGAAAAUAUCACUUCUGAGAACUUGAAGAAUGCAAACACUCUGGAUCUGUCCUCAUGUUCCAUUCAACAGAAGUCUGCUCUGUACACCAUUGGCAACUCCUCAUUCAGCAGACAACGCAGCAAUGCCAGAAUAUAUUACCAACUCAUCGGGCCUUACCUGGGUGGUGCUCCUGUACAAGAUAUACAAUCUCUUUCUACCAAGAAUGUCAACAUGGACAUCACCACCUUCAUGAAUUUAAACCCUGCGGUUAUCAUGGUCUUAAAUGUGAGCACAGUGCAAGGUCUACUUGGGGUGAAUUUGGUUGAUCUGAAGCUGUUUGAGAAGUCCUCAGUGGUUCAGUCCUGGGUGGCUCAGCAGUACCAGUCUGAUUUGAACACCCUGAACAUUGGCCUAGUUGGGGGCAAAAUCCCCCCUGUGACAUCUCAAUCAACAAUCACUACUGUCACCACCAGCCAGACAAACCAAACGACUUCUGCCAAUACCACAGCUCAGGUGUCGGGUGCAUCUAGGUUUCAUGCUGGAGCACCAUUCCUCCUUCUGUGUGUAGGACUCUUGACUAUCACACACUCUCUUCACACAACAUAACAUCAACAUUUAACUACUAUCACUAAUUUAUAUAAUCACAUCUAAUUGCUGUUAUUCAGCAUGUAGUCUAUUGUCAUAAUUAAUUAUUAUUAUAGAUUUUAUUACCAACAUUUUUCUGAUACAUUUUCUGUAGAUGUUUGUUUAUGAUGAUUCCCUAUGUUUCUGCAUAUGAGGUCUAUUAGUUUGAAUACAAAUUUUGGGGUAUAACUAAUCUAAUGUAAUUUUUAUUCUUUAAACAAUUAAUCUUUUGAAUAAUCUAUAACCUUUGUUUCUUUCAGUAUGGUUUUAAUCUAGGUAUAUAUGUUGUAAUCAAUGCAAAAUUGUCUUAAUCUUCAAAAUCACAAUUAGCCUUUGUCCUAUAUUUUUUUAAUAUGAUUAUAGUUUAUUUUCUAAAAUAUCUACUGAUACAAGAUUUUGUGUCAUUAUUAGGUUUAGUAAUAUUUGUUCUUUAUAUCAAACCUCUGUUCCAUUAGAAAUGUUGUUCUUUUGUUCCAUGUUUUCUCCCCAAAUGAAACCUCCAGUGUGCUUGUCCAGUCCUGUUCAGCCUGGAAUCCUAAUUCACGAGGCUAAAAUUAGUAACUAAAGUAAGGAAUAAUGCAUGGCUGGCUAGUUUGCUGCAUUAAUACAAACUAAGUGAAACAAAGCAGCUUAUAAAUUUCUGUGGAGGAGACAACUGUGUAGACAGACUCCACAUCUUCAUCUCAUAAAGUUUCCAAUAUAGCACAUCACGUUUGCAAUCUUUAAGAAAAGUCACCCAGUUGUUGCCAAUUGUUUUGGUUACAAGCUGAGGUGUUCACUCUUUACAUCACAAAUAAAGAUUCAAGUCUGGCUAACAUCUUUAUUUUCUUUUGAUAUGUUUAAUCAUGGCUUUGCUCUGCAAUUUAUUUUGCUUAGUUUCAUUAGUAUUUCCACGCAACUGAAUGUUACUUAUGCUAAUCAACCUAGUACAAGUUGUUCUACAAUCAUACAGAUCCCUAGUUGGUCUGUGUAGUGCAGCAGGCGGUGAGAUUUGGAAGUAUGUGGUACAGCCACAACAUGCACUGGACUACUGUGAAGUACAUUAUGUUUUACCAUAUGUACUAAAUGAAUUUUUUUGUUUUGCAGUCAUCAGUAGAAAGGAACGUUUAUCUUCUUUCUCUCAUUGUUGAACUUGUACGAAAUCUGGGCUACUGAUUUGUCCACCCCUGCUGAGUAUGUAAUCUUAGAGUGUUUCCAAUACACAAUCUUUCCAAACAAUGUUUAGUGUAGGCUCUAACAAAAAGAGAUGUAACAUUAAAACUUCUUCAGUAUUGUUCAAAUAUUAUGAGUGAAAUCUGUCUCACAGAAUGCACAGAAUGCAAGUUUGGCAUACUGCUGAUGGAAAUAAAUUUAUCAGAGCAACUGAAUUUUUUUUUGCAAUUAGAAGUCCUUGCAACCCAUUGAAACUUCAUGGUUAGAUAUGGCCACAUGUUAUUCCUGUAGAAAUUAUUAUUGUAAAAAAUAAUAAAAACAGAUAACCCAAAUAAUCCUGUUUGUACAAUUAACCCUAUUUUAAGAAUUACAUUUUUAAUGUAAGACAACAGCUAUCUCCCUUCUUUCUGUGUGAAUAAAAAUGCAUUCUUCUUAAUCAGACUGCUGUAUUAUUUUAGCAUAGAUUUACAGGUCAUAGAAGGCCUUUGAUGUAAAAGAGAGCACUUUUUACAAACUAUUUCAACUGGUAAAGCAGGAAUGCAGACAUAACACCACUGAACCUAUGAACCUAAGCUAAGACAACAAAAAGAUCCUCCAGCAUAUUAAUGCCAUCAACUACAUGCACAGACAGCAGAGAGGUCAGUGUGCAGGACACUGAGCUCAGAACUUCAGAAUAUUUAAAUAUGUGGUGGUAUGUUUCCCAG